AGACACAUCGGAUGUGACACACUGACUUUGCAGGCACUCUCUUCAAAAUUUCCACCACCAGUUCCAUGGGUAGCUCCAUCAAAUUCAACGUUUUAUGGCUCUCCAUAUUGCUCCAAACCACAAGCUGCAACUUCAUGUUUCCCUUGUCCCCUGUAUCUAUUUAUAUACAUAAUUGUCUGUUAGCUUCUUCUUUCCUCAUUGGGAUUGGAAAGUAAACGUGUAAAUCCUUUUGAUUUCGUGGAUCCGAGUUCAAAUAGGAAGAAGCUGUAAAUGGGCCUUUAAAACUACGACCCAACAGUGAGCAAGGCCCAAAGUUCAUUACCACUUCCUUCACGACUUCAAAAACAACUGGAUAAGAAAUCGCUCCAACUCAGUAGUGUGUUUUGAGCUUUUUCUAAGGCCAUGGCUGGGAUCACCACCAGCUUCGCAUCCAAGCCUAUCCUAUCCAAAACGACGCCGUUUCAUUCCUCAUUCUCCUCCAAGCUCUUCGGCCUCCGCUUUAAUCACGUUUAUCUCAUAAACUCGAGCUCUUGUAGCUCUCUCUCCUCCUCCGCCAUUACCAGCCCGGUCACCGCUCGGUUCGGCGGCGGCGGGCCCCGCAGGUCGAGCAAUGACCGCCGGAGACAGCAGAGCGACGCCGAGGAUGACGAUAAGGCCCUUGAUAUCUCCUCUAUCAGGUCAGCUACGGUGAGGCUUAUUGAUCAGAAGCAAGAAAUGGUUGGGGUGGUGUCGAAGAGCGAGGCGAUUCGAAUGGCGGAUGAGGCUGACCUUGACUUGGUAAUUUUAUCUCCAGAUGCAGAUCCCCCGGUUCUCAGGAUUAUGGAUUACAAUAAAUAUCGGUAUGAACAACAAAAAAAGAAAAGAGUGUCGCAGAAGAAAAGUGCAGCCAGUCGCAUGGAUUUGAAGGAGCUCAAAAUGGGUUACAACAUUGAUCAACAUGAUUAUUCUGUACGUAUGAGAGCCGCCCAGAAGUUUCUGAAAGAUGGUGAUAAGGUCAAGGUUAUUGUCAACUUGAAGGGUCGGGAGAAUGAGUUCCGAAAUAAAGCUAUCGAGCUUCUCAAACGCUUUCAAAGUGAAGUUGGGGAGCUUGCAACAGAGGAAGCGAAAAGCUUCAGCGACAGAAACAUGUUUAUAGUUUUAGUUCCAAACAAGGCUAUUCUCCAGAAAGCUCAAGAGCCAUCAAAGAAAAAGGAGAACCCUGCAGUGAAUGAAGUAUCUUCAAGUGUCUGAAUGGGCUCAAGGUUUCAUGCAGGUUUAACAAAUGUAAAAUUCAGUGGCCAUUUCAAAAGACAAAAAAAAAAAAAAAAAAA